AUGUACAAUAAUGUUGGCACUGGACCUAAUGGACCUGUUUCGUUUCCAAUGGGUGCAGGAAAUCCGUUAAAUACUGUCAACCAACAGCAACAACUUAUGAAUAGUACUCCCACAGGUCUUACCCAUCCUCAAACUCAAGCCCAAAAUCAGAAUCAGAACCAAAAUCAGAACCAAAAUGCUAACGGAGUUUCAACUAAUCAACCAAAUUCUACUCAUGCUUUGGAAGAUCCUAAUGUUUAUCAUUGGAUUUGUCAACUAACUUAUGGCCCCCAAAAGGAGCAAGCGCUCCUAGAAUUAGGACGCAAACGUGAACAAUUUGACGACUUGGCUAUAGUUCUAUGGUCAUCGUUUGGUGUCAUGACAUCUCUAUUAAACGAAAUUAUAUCCGUCUAUCCUAUGCUACAACCCCAAAUGUUGUCUAAUCAACUGUCCAACAGGGUCUGUGAUGCCCUGGUUCUAUUGCAAUGUGUGGCAUCACAUUCUGAAACAAAACAUUUAUUCUUACAAGCACAUAUACCUCUCUUUCUAUUCCCAUUUUUGAAUACAACUUCAAGACAAAGGACGUUUGAAUAUCUAAGAUUAACUUCAUUGGGUGUCAUUGGUGCCUUGGUGAAAAAUGACUCACAAGAUGUAAUAAAUUUCCUUCUAAGAACUGAUAUUGUACCAUUAUGUUUGAGAAUUAUGGAAUCAUCUUCAGAAUUAUCAAAAACCGUGGCAAUCUUUAUCUUACAAAAGAUAUUACUAGAUGAUAUGGGACUACAAUAUAUAUGUGCUACUAAGGAUAGAUUUUACGCAAUAACGAGUGUCUUGAAAAAUAUGGUGGAUCAUUUAACCAUUCAUACCCCUCCAGGAAGGUUAUUAAAACAUAUCAUUAGAUGCUAUUUGAGAUUAAGUGACGAUUUGGAAGCACGUAAAUUAUUAAAUGUGGUUUUACCAGAAAGUCUAAGAGAUAACACGUUUGCUGAAGCUUUAAGUGAUGAUUUGGGAUCAAAAAGAUGUUUGGCACAAUUAUUACUGACUUUAAAAGACGAGAACCCUCAAUAG